AUGUCUUCCACUCCUCCCAUCAACCUCGGAACCUGGAAGCUCGCUAUCGGCAUCCUUGUGUCGGUCACAUUCAUCAUCAUUAUCGAGAAAAUCUUCGGAAUCCACGUCAAUAUUAAGUACAGUCAAGGUCCCAUGGCCACAUUCCCAGGCUGGGCACAUGUUCUUGGACCAGGAGAAACUCAGACAACUCUACUGCAUCGGUGGAUCGAAGUUCAUCGGAACCAGGCACAAGACAACACCAUCAAAUCGAGGCAGCUGGCCGUGGAUGUCUGA